UAAACAAACAAACGAAAUUAUAGGUUAACCUCGUGUUAUUUGUUUUAUUUAUCGAAGUUUUCCUAAUAAAAAUGGGGAAGCGUAAAACCCAAGAGAAGAAGAAAAAAGUUGCUCUGGUGUUUGAUGAGAACAAACGAAAAGAAUUUCUUUGUGGUUUCCGUAAGAGGAAGUUAGAAAGAAAGAAAAAGGCCCAGGAGGAAUUACAAAGAUUAUUAAAAGAAGAGAAAAAGAGGAUAAAACAGGAGAAUAAAGAAGCAUACAAGAAGCUUGUGGUUUCAAGUCGCCCCAUACCAGACAUAGAACAAUUAUUGCAAGAAGAGUAUGAAGAUGAUGAUGUUAAUGUUAAAAUAGUUGAGCUUUCUUCAGACACUCUUCAAAAGAAAGAUUUGGUUAUAGGUGAGAACAAGCCUAAAGUAAUUGAGGGGUCUGCUAAGAAAAUGGUCAGUAAAAAGAAAGACAGUGCACUUAGAAAUGAAAUUCCUGGUAUGGCUUCAGAUUUUGAAAGUGAAUCAGAAGAGUCAUCACCGGAAAAUGAUUCUGAAGACAAGAAAGAAAAUAAAUUGAAAACCAAGAAAGAAGUUAAAAGAAUGCUCAAAAAACAAGCUACGAAAAAGAUACAGAAGAGUAAAGUAUUUCAAAUGAAGAGUAAAUUAGACCGAGUGCAAAAUAAAAAGAAGUCGCUUAAAAAUAAAAGUCAUAAUAAAGGAAAUAUGGAUCAUAGAAAAUCUAAAAAGAAAGCUAGUAGAAAGAAACAUUAAAUCAUUUGUAAAUA